GCUAAAACACUAGCGAAAACACGGAUCUCAUGCAGUAGAGGUUUCAAAAUGGCGACGCCCAUCGAGAGAGACCAAACUUUUUGCAACCAGUUUGAAUUAACUUUGGAGGUCCCAUUUCCUUCACAGAGGGAGGUAUCUAUCGCAAUCCAGUCCUUGUGCCCUGAUCGUGAGCCUCGAACAGGAACCACUAAAACUCUCAGAGUUUCUUCAAAUACACUGUCUGUGAAAUGGACUGCUGAUGAAGCCCGCAUUCUUCGUGUUUCAGUAGGCUCAUUUUUAGAUCACCUUGCACUUGUGAUGGAAACUAUGGAAGCAUUUGGACAAACUGUUCCACUGUGACAUUAAAGGCUUUUAUAAAAAAAAAAAAAAGUUGUUUUGUGUUGCUAUGAUGGACUGAGAUGCAUUUGUAUAAAAUAUAUAAAUGCAACAUUUUUGGCUUUUUGUAGCUAUUUGAUUCAUUUUAUUUGUGAUAUUAAAAAUAUCUUAAA